AUGUCGUAUUCUAAGAAAUCGGAGAAAAGGAAGAAGAACAAGACAUCUAAUUAUCAAAUUAAUGCAUGUUCUACCUUCGAUGAGAUGUCACGUAGUGUCCCUCAUUACAUUGGAAAGGUUAGAAGUAAUUUCAUGGGUACAGAGUUUACAAUAUACUCUACCGGUAUCCACGAUAAUAAUAAUAAUGAAACUCAUCAACAACAAGAAGAAAAGGAGGAGGCUGCAAGUCCUCAAUAUAUAUUGGGUAAAGGUGAUAAGAUUGAGAUUGGAGGGGUUUUCUAUACCAAUACAUUAUUCACUAAUAAUCCUCGAGGUCCUAGACAAAUGCAUGUUGUAUUACCCAACAUAGAUUAUCCAUUAUUGAAGGAUAAUAAUGAUAAACGAAAUA